AUGUUGAUGUUGGGAGUAAGCGAUGCAGUCAUUUGUAGAGCUUUCUUCGCUACCUUAGUCGGUAAGGCGGCCGAAUGGUUCAAGGGUUUGGAGCAGGGGUCGAUCAGAAAUUUUGGUCAGUUGGCCGAUAAGUUUGUAAAGCGUUUCGCUGCAAGUAAAUCGAGAAAGAAAUCUUACACUUGCCUGAACAAGGUAAACCAAGCUGUGGGAGAACCGUUGUCUACUUUCCUAUUCAGAUGGGAACGUGAGGUUGAUGAGGUUGAACCGAUGGAGGACCGGGUGGCAAUCCAAGCUUUCCUUGCAUCACUUUGUUCCGGGACGCUCUACUACGACCUCAUAGUUAAUCCCCCCCGAACUUAUGAGGAUGCCAUCACCAGAGCCAAGCAUCAUGCAGAUGCCACCGAAGCUAACAUGGCAAAGAGACGCGAUGAGCAGCCGGUCAAUCGGGACAGAGGCCACGAUCAAAGGAAAAAUAAACCACCGUUCAGACACGUCAAACAAUACAAUCGACCAGAAGAUGUACCACGUUUCACUCCGUUGAACAGACCCCUGGUGGAAGUCUUGCAGUUUGCCGAGCAAUGCAAUUUGAUCCACCCACCGGAGCCGAUACCCGAGGGGGAGGACAAGAGAAAGUAUUGUGCUUUCCACAGAGUCAAGGGACACAAUACUUCGGAGUGCAUGGCCUUGCGCAUGCUCAUUUAA